AUGGUACCAUUCAUUGUACUAUUGUCUCCUGCUGAUAAGUAAGAAAGAUAAUUCUAUGUAAUAGUCUCUUGGUAUAAGGUGUCCUACUUAUCAAUAGUAAAUUGGAUCUUCUAUUGCAUAUUCACUUAUUACUUGGGAUACAAAUUUUUUAGUGAGGAAAUACUAAAAUAGUUCAAAUUAGUAAUGAAAUGUCAUCUUAUAAUAUCAUUAACAAUUAGUGUAUAUUUUGUAAUAGGAUUGCUUCUUAGUUUAUUAAAUAGUGAUAUGCAAUUGGUAAUGAUUGAAAGGUUGAAUUUCAAUAAUGAAAUAUACAUAUUUGGAUAUGAGAGUGUAUUUGCUUUAAUAUUAUGUUAAUUAUUACUUUAUUUGGCGUUGGUAGUAUUUUUAUUGUUAAUCUAUUGGAAUGCUCAGAUGCCAUAAUAUGAAUACGUAGAAUAGAAUGAGAAUUACACAUUCCAAUAGAGAAAGACCAGUUAUUUGAGAUAAUAGAGUAUAAUGGAUAAGAUAAUAAUGCUAAUAAUAGCUUAGUUGUGUUUGAAUGAUGGGUUGAUCACUUUGUUUUUAGUGCUUUGCAUGUUAGUGUGGUUGGCUAUUCAUUUUCAUAUUUUGAAUAAAAGAAAUCAAUUUCGAUAUUGCUAAAUAGUAAUAAAGAGUAUCAUAGUAUGUUCAUUUGUGGCAUUGCUAUUGUUGAUUUUAUCAGGCUAAUAGAACUAAAGUUUCAGCACUUUAAAUGGAACUCUGAACAUUUAUCGAAUAUUUAAGUUAUUUGGCUUAGUGUUGAUGACUUCCAUAUUAAUAUUGAGCAUGAGAGCAUACCAUUAUUAGUUGAUAAUAGGAGAGGAAGAAGAGAUAGAAGAGCUAGAAAAGGAAAUCUAGAAAGAUAUGAGAUUGAAGAUAUCAUCAUUGGAGAUAUUCUUAGGUGAGAACUACUUUGGAGUUAUUAUGAUUUUGAGUGUUUUCUGGAUAUCAAAACAAUUUAGUAUAUUGAGAGGACUAGUCUAUUUAAUUCUAUUGGUUGGUUAAUUAAAGAGGAAAAACUAUAAAGCCACAAGACGUUGGUAGUGUGCUAUUGCCAUAUUGUACUUAGCAUUUGCUCAAUUUUUUUUAUUGAAAUUGUUUAAUGUUCCAUCUUUCAAAGUAAGUGUUUACUUUUAGUAUUUGGGAGUGUAUGAGUAGCCUCAAUUCAAUCCAAAUGAAUUAUUUGCCAUUUGGAAUUACUUCUACAAUAGAUUUCACAUUAUUAUGAUUGACUUAUUCUAUAUACUAAUUGUAAGUUGGUUAGUCUACUCAUAAUAAACAAUUGAUGAUAGGAGACGUUAGAAGAAGAUUAAUGAUUUAGAUAGUAAAGAUCGUCCUAAUAGAGAAUAGAAGCCAAGUUGUUGGAGUAACUUCAAAUCAAAUUUAUCGAGUUUCAUCUUUCAAGUCUAAAAGAGCUUCUUAAUCCACUUUGAUGAAAUAGUAAUCAUCUAUUGUUUGAUUACUGCCCUUAGUCAUGCAGAUAUAUUUAGAGGAGUCUUUUUGAUAUUCUUUAUACUCUAUGCUUUUGCUUAACUAGAAAAAAGAAGGAAGUAUAUGAGAAAUCAUUUAAGCAUUGGUUAUAUCAUAUUGUUUGUAUUGUACUCUAUGUAAUUGAUGUUUUUGAGAUCAUUAACAACUCUCAAUUUCAUAUUUAAAUUUGGUGGUUUGGAUGAAGUGACUUAAUAAUUUAAAUUCCCUUUCUAUUUUAUCUACAAAUACUAUGAUAUAAUUAUUGGAUGUGUCUUAUUAACAUUUUAAAUUUAAGUGAUCUAAAAGAGUGAUCACUAUUAAGAAUAUAAGAAGAAAUUGGAUGAUUACAAUCUUGAUUAUUUAAGGUAAAUAUUGUAAUCUAAUGGAUUGAUAUUCUGUUAGAUCAUUGCUUUGAUUGUAGCCUUCAUUCCACCUGCUAAUUUACUGUCACUCAUAUUCAUCUUCUUUUUCUAAUUGUUUCUCUAUUUGUAUUACAUACAUGGACAACUAAAUAUCAUUAUGGACAGAUUAUACUAAUAUUGGCCACUCAUGAUCACUCUAACAUUGAUAAUUCUGAUUGUCAGAUACACAUACACUAUUAAAUUCUUUUACUAUUUUGUAGAAUUGUACUUUUAAUAACCAACUCUUUUAAGUGACUUCGGAUUGGAUCCAGAUUUUAACACUCUGAAAUUAGCAGGAACUGGUAUUGCAUUACUCGUUCUAUGUGCAUAUAAGAGGGCUUAUUUAGCACCAUUAAUAGAAUAGUAGAAAUAAGAAAAAUAGAUUUACAAAAAAGACACUCUUGUUUAUUACAUUUAUUGCAUCCAUAUCAAACUAUGUGUCUACAGUGUUUAUCACAUUCAAAAAGUGGCUUUCAUGAUUUCAUUCUUCAUUUCUGUUUACCAAUAAAGUUACAUAGGCUUUCUAUUUGCCAUCAUGAUUUUUUUAAUAAUGCUGAAUGAGAUGAAAAACAAUUGGUAAAAUAUAUCCAUUCCUAUUUUGAUCCUCAUAUAAUAUAUAUUCUAAGCAGAACUACUCAGAACUGCUUAGGGUUAGGAAACUAUCUCCUGGAUUGGAAUUGAGAACUAAUAUCAGAACAAAUACUGGUAUUUGCUCAUUAUGUUUCACCUCUCAGAAAUGAUUUAGGUUCUGAAUGUAAUGUUUAAAUAAUAAGUAAAUGAUUAUUUAUAAUUAUUCCUAAUAUAAACAGAUAGAGAAAUCAAUAACCUUAAUUUGCUUUAAGACUUAUUACAUUCAUUGUAAUAAAAUAUCGUCUAAGAGUAAAAUAGCAUUGACUCAGAAGCCUCAUAAUAAUAACAAGUAGAAUUACAAGUAAGGGAUGAUAAAUCAUAGGAAUCUAUAUUUUAUGAUGAGUUGGACGAGUAAAAUGAAAGGUUUGCAAAGAUUUAAAGUUAUUACAUACUUAAAUCAAAUAUGCAACAGGAAUAGUUUUAUUAUAGAGUCUAUCCCUUUUAUAGAGCACUGAAAUUUCAUUAGUCAGUUGAUAAUCUCUUUACCUAAAUUGGAUUGGAAGUCUGUUUAUUCUUUAUUGUCAUUACUGCCUAUUAUCAAAGGAAUUUCUUUUCUGUUUUCUACAUUGUAGUUGCUAGUGCAUUUGCCAAUAAAUCACAUUUAUUAGAUAGACAUUAGAAAUUAGGUAUUUUUGGAUAAGCAUGGGGAGCAUUGUGUAUAUUAUAAAUGUUGGAAGUUAUAAGAAAAUAUGCUACAUUGUAAUGGACUCCUCCAUCAUGGGAUGUUCGAAAACCGUGGUGGUAUUUUAGUUACUCUUGCGAUCCUAGAGGAAAGGAGUCAUUUAAUAAUGAUGACCCAGAUGAUUCUACUAGUGAUUUCAUGAAAUGCCAAACAGAUUGGAAUUAUUGGUUAUCUUUAUAAGGAUAUACUAAUUGGGAUUUGUGGAUCAAUUUCAUUGCCUUACUCAUCUCCUUGUGUUAUUAUCGACAUUUCAAGACUGUUUAAAGAAGAUAAUAAGAAUAGGAGAUUCAAGAUCACUUACAUCCUGAGGUAGAAUAGAUUUAAGCCAAUUUGAUGGAUAAAAAUGAUUUCACUUAUGAGGAAAACAGAACUAAAAUCAUGGAUUUCAUAAAGUUCUUUAUCUUUUGUUAUUUCUACAAAUUCGCUUUGAUUGUAUUUUUGUUGAUAGGAAUGUCAUCGGAUAUCCAAUCUUAUACAGAAGUGAUCUCUUGUAUCUAUUUCUUUUUGGCAAUCAAUCUAUUGUAUAUGAGUGAGAAAUUAGAGAAGGACAGAAAUGUAAUUUGGGGCAAGUUAAUAUUAUUUAAUACAAUUGUGAUGAUAGCAAUGUCAUUAUAUUAAGCUCCAUUCGUCAAAUGUCCAAUCAUCUAUGAAAACGAUAGGUAUUAUUAUGAUAAUUUGGAAUGUGUGCAGAUUCAACUCAACAAUCAUUAUUACAAUAGUGAUUUCUUUAUCUUCUUAUAGGAUGAGUUUUAAUUGUUGGCAAAACAAACCAAUGAUGUAUUAAAGAAGUAUGAAGGAGUGUCCACUUUAGAUGUGAUUUACAUGUUCUUAUCUCAUCUCUUAGGUUUGAAUAAAACUUUAGAUUUCCGAUUCGGUUUCUGUAAGGAGACUUUGAUGGCAUUCUUCUUUUUGCUUGGACUACUACAAAGGAAUAUUUGGGCACAUCCUUAUAUGAAAUAAUAUGUGGAUCCAUAUUUGUAGAGACAAUAAUAAUAGCAAAAGAUAAGUGCUAUUUAACUAAUAGAAGGAAUACAUUUAAAACGAAUUUGGGAUUUCAAGUACGUGCAAGCAUAAAAGUAAGUGCAUGAGAGUCUACAAUAAAGAGUGUAAAAUAGAGUUGAAAGAUGGGAUAAUUUCUUUUAGUUUGAUGAUAAUAACAGUUUGAAAAAGAAGAGUUUCUUUUAUUUGACUCCGAGAAGAGAAGAAUAAUUUUAGAUUAUUUAAUUUUCUGAGGAACGAUCAGAGGAUAAUUAAUAACAUACAAGUUUUGAUUCUGAGAAGUUUUAAGUGUUCAAAGGUGAACCAAAGAAGUUGAUGAAAGCUGAGAAGAUUACAUAAUAAAAUAAGGCGCCAGUAAUACAUUUGUAUGAUGCUUGUUGCAUUGUUAAAUAUUCAAUCAAUGAAAAGGAUUUGAGAUUGAGAUUAAAGAAGUUAAUGUUAUUAGAAGAAAAAAGAUAAUUGGAAAAGGUCUAUUUGAAUGAUAGAAUUGGAUUAACUAAUUAUCACAUUGGAGUAAUUGAUGAAAUUGAUAGAAAAAUCAUUCAAGUUGACAAUGAAAUAGCUCAGUUAUUUAAAGUACAACAAUUGAUAAAAUCUACAUCCAUGAGAGAUAUCAAAAUGAUACCAUUUGAAGAAUUCAAAGAUGAACGCAAGUCUUUUGAAAUUCUUAGUGAGAGAGAUGAAAGACAAAAAUAAAUAUCUGAAGAAGAAAGUGCUAAGGAUUUUAAGAAGUCAGAAGAUGAUAAAUCAGAAGAUGAACCUCCAAUUGUCUAGCCAUAGAAAUCAUUCUCAGAAAAGGUCAAGGAUCUUAUCAUCUAUAUACUCACCCAUGAAACUUACAUCAGAGAAUAAGAGUAAUAACAAAAUGAAAUAGACAAAAAGAAAUUGUCAGUCUUGAUAUUUGUUUUUGUUGCGCAUUACUUUUAAGUGGUUUGUGUAUUAUUGAUGGUAUUUAAUGCUUGUUUCAAUGCUAACAUAAUAGCUUUAUUCUACCCUUUUUCAGCCUUCCUCUAUGGGUUAUUAGAGAAUCCGGUUCCUUCUAAACGAUACUGGAACUUCUUACUCAUCUACACCAUAAUAAUAAUUUCAUUGAAAUUCAUAUAUUAGAUGCCCAUCUUUUGUGAUUCACCUCCCUACACAUUUAUAGGAUUCUCUUAAGAAGAAGCAUGUGAACCUAGAGUAACAACUCAAUAAGAGAAAAUCACAAGGAUAGACUACGUUAUUGGUAUUCGAAAAUAUUAAGGAGCAGAAACCUUCAUGAAUGCCAUUUGGAUAGAAUUACUAUUAUUUAUAGCUCUCUUAAUCCAGAGGUAUUUGUUGCAAUCUUAGGGAAUCUGGGAUUACAUGAAAUUGUCAUUAGAUCAAUAUUUCAUACCUUAAUUCUAACAGUAAGUAGAUGACAAAUCAAGUGAACACCAAUAGGAAUCUAGUUUGAAGGAAUCUGAACAAGAAAGUGACGAUUUCUCAGAAAAUCAUCAGGUUUAGGAGUAAUAAAAAGAAUAAUAGACGAUUAUGAUAUCUAUUUAAGACACCUUUACAUCUAUGUGGAAGCAAAUAGUCAAAUACUAUUAUCGUUUAUUCCCUCAUGCUUUAUCUACCAUUUACAAUUAAAGGAAAUAUGACCCUGCAACUUAACAGAUGAUAAUAAAAGAUGGAGUCGUACUUCCAGAACAGAUUAAAGUGGGUAGAGAUUUCUAUGCCCCGGGAUUUAUCAUUUGUAUGAUCAUUUUAGUCUACUUCCUAUUAUUCUAUCCAAAUAUCAUAGCCAAACGAAGUUAUGCUCACAUUACCUAAGGAUAGAGUCAAAGAUUUUCAUCUGAAGUUAUAUUUGUACUACUAGUUGUCAUUACUAUCAUAAUUACUGACAGAGCAUUGUUUAUCAUGAGGAAAGUGACUAAGGAUCCAAGAAAUGACAAAUAAAAUUAGAGUGGAAAUGAUAUCCAGAAAUAUACUUUGAUGAUAAAAGUAGCCAUUCAUUUCAUUUUAAUCAUAGUUGUUCAUUAUUACUUCUUUUUUGUUAUACCAUAAAAAACUAAUAAAAGAUUCUAAGAGUCAUACUAUCUAAUAUUUGCAUACAUUCUAGUUUGUAUAUAUUUUAUGAUUUCAUCUGUGUAAAUAAGAUAUGGAUAUCCUAUAUAAAAGUAUACUCAGAUAUUUACUAAUUCUCAUAAACCAGCCAAUUCAAUGGCAUUUAAGAUCUAUAGAAUGAUUCCCUUUUUAUAUGAAUUGAGAGUGAUUAUUGAUUGGACAUUUACUACUACAGCUUUGGAUCUAAUUUAAUGGUUUAGACUCGAAGAUAUCUUUGCUAAUCUAUACAUCUGUUAGGCAUAUUAGGAUUCUCGUAUUGAAAAUCACAAGUUAGGAGAUCCAAGAUCUGCAUCUGACAAAUGUUUAAAUGGAUGUCUCUAUUCGAUGUUUAUUGUUUUUAUUAUCAUCUUGCCAAUUCUGAUUUUUAGUACAUUAAAUCCAGCUGUAGAAAUCAAUAAUAUCACAAAUGGCAAAUUUAGUAUUAAGGCUGCUUUCUUUGGUUCUGAUGAUAAGUUAUUCUUUACAUUAUUUUAAGUAAACGACUUAGAAUUAUUGGAUAUACCAAAUGAUUAAUUUAAGAAAAUAUAAAAGAUCUAUGGUGAAAUUGAAACAUCAUGGUAAGAGAGAAUGUAAAAAGUUAGAAUCAAGAGAUUCAGUGAUAUUGAAUGGAAUCUUCCUGAAAAUUAUAGAGAUUAAAUCAGAAAUAUGAUAAAGUCAUAAGAGUAUUAGGUAGAAAUCCAAUGUGAAUGGGUAUUUUAGAAGAGUGAUAGCUAAGGAGGUGCAAAAUCAUUCACAGGUUAAUCUAUUGUAUAGGCACCUGAUACAUUUGUAAAUAAUUUUGGUAAGAUCCUUGCUCCAAGAGCACCUGAUGCCGUAUUUGACAUUAAGGUGUUGGUUCCAAAAUUCUUAUAUGUUGGAGAGUCUGCUGAGACUCAAGCAUUACGAUUAGAACCAGUUAAUAUAAGAGAGGAAAUCAGUUACUAUUAAGAUAUUCGUUUGAUUCACAAAAAGACAAGUGAUUUUGUAUUCUUUGAGUUGGUACCCAAUGAUGAUUCAACAGAUUUGAAGUAGAUUGGAGCAUCAUCAUAAAAUAGAGUUGAAUUCUUUGUAUUGAAUGAAUUAGCUUUUGGUAGUUUGAUUGGAGCAUUGUCUACAAAUAUGUCAAUAAUAAGUAUAUAUGCAACAUUUGUGUUGACAAUCGGUAGGUUUUUGAGAUUUGCAUAUGACAAAAUAAGUACAAGAGUUAUGUUUGAGGAAAUGCCAGAAACAUAUGAAUUAUUUGAUUUGUGUCAAAGCAUUUAUAUAGCAAGAGUGGAUGGAGAUUUCUUUAACGAAGAAAUAUUUUAUGAAUUACUAAUUAGGAUAUAUAGAAGUCCAGAAAUACUAUUUAAAAUGACAGGUGCUUCAAUUUAUGAUAGAUAAAAGAAAUGA